UACAGAGAUCAGAGACGAUCAUCAUGGGUUAAAAAUGUCUGUACUUUGAAUUUGUUAAUUACGAUCCUCGAAUAAUAUCGAUUACGGAUCUUCCAGACACUUAUGAAUUCACUAUCUGUAACUGGCCUCUUCCAAUAUUGUGUUAAUUUAGAGAUUGAAACCAAAGAAACGUCCGUUAGGAAAAGAGUAAAGUCGAAAUUUUUAUCCAAAGGUGACGACGUCGGCAAACAGACUACAGGAAUGGUUCCGAAAAUCGCUGUCGUUUCGUACGACGAAGAGGACUUGAGCGAUCGUGAAAAUGGAGAGUCACAUCACUUGUUGAACGAAUGGACCGAAAGCAGGGAAGAUGAGUCAUUCGAAAAUAAACAUUUAGGCAAACGGAAUGGUGAUAUUUCAUCGUCAUCACACGAACAUUUGAAUGGAGAUAUUUCUUACGAAAAUUCCGAUCAACGGAUUCCGUUGUUGCAAGAAGAAGGAAUAGAUGAAUUUAAAACUGAUAUAGUGGGAUCUAGUGAUACAAAUGUAGAGGAAGGAUCUUUCACCAUUGGACUUCAAGUCUUUUUUCCUUUUCUGAUCGCGGGAUUUGGAACUGUUUCAGCUGGAAUACUACUCGAUGUUGUUCAGCAUUGGCAAGUUUACAAAGACAUUUCGGAAAUUUUCAUUUUGGUUCCUGCUCUUCUUGGAUUAAAAGGAAAUCUAGAAAUGACAUUGGCAUCAAGGCUUUCAACUGCGGCAAAUGUAGGAAACAUGGAUUGUGCAAAACGGCAAUGGAAAUUGAUAGGAGGAAACCUUGCAUUGAUACAGGUUCAGGCCACUGUAGUAGGAGCACUGGCGUCAUUUGCUGCAGUAGUCAUGGGAUGGAUACUUGACGGAGAAUUCAACAUUCAUCAUGCCACUCUGCUCUGUGCCAGCAGUUUGGUUACAGCCACAUUAGCCAGUUUGAUUCUUGGCUCUGUGAUGGUUGCAGUUGUUCUCAGCUCCAGAAAAUUUAACAUUAAUCCUGAUAAUGUAGCAACGCCCAUCGCAGCUAGUUUGGGAGAUCUCAUCACACUUGCACUUUUGUCUGCAAUUAGUCGAUUCCUACAUAGUUGUAUUGAUUCUGAAGAUGGCACCCAUCAUUGGAUAGCACCUGUCAUCUGUUUGGGAUUCUUCCUCAUUCUCCCCCUGUGGGUGUACAUCACACAUCACAAUACCUUCACACAUGACGUACUCUACACUGGGUGGACCCCUGUUCUUAGCGCAAUGGUCAUUAGCAGCUCUGGUGGUCUCAUUCUGGACUAUGCAGUGGAUAAGUACCAUGGAAUUGCAGUCUUUAGUCCAGUUAUGAAUGGUGUUGGAGGCAAUUUGGUCGCUGUUCAAGCAAGCCGGCUUUCAACUGGUCUGCACCAACUUGGCAAACCUGGUGAGGUACAAGAAUCAAGUAAAUUCCGUGGCUGCGUUGAUACGUUUUUUGGAUCAGGAGUGCACGCUCGGACCACUCGUGUGUUGCUAUUCAUGGUUAUUCCUGGAAAUCUGAUAUUUUUGUACACAAUCCGUGUACUACAGGCGGGACAUACAACUCUAACGCUAAUGUUCACUUCUGGCUAUCUACUGGCUGGUCUGAUACAGGUCGCCAUUCUUCUCCUCACAGCCGAUUGGUUGGUUCACUGGAUGUGGAAACAAGGCAAAGAUCCCGACAACUACAGUAUCCCUUACUUAACUGCGCUGGGUGACUUACUCGGCACCGGGCUCCUGGCCGUGUCGUUCCAUCUUUUGUGGCUCGUAGGGGACCGCGACGCUGACGUGGGAGAUUAGUGGGAACAUUCCGUAAAUUAAUAUAUAUGUCAUAUACGCUAAAUCAAUUAUCAUAUUUAAGGAGAAGGAUAUAGAUUCCACAGGAACCAUGUAACUUUUAUCGUCGCCGUUACAAAGUACAUACGAAUUUAUGAAUCUCAAAGCUUUGCGAGAUUCUAAAGGAUAAUCUAACCUUUCUAAAAUUGUCCUGGAAUUUGAUAGAGAUA